AACAGCACCAGCAGCACUGCCUCAUUCCUCCCUCCCUCUCCCUCCCUCUCUUCCUCAAUGCGUAUACAGACAGGCAGCUAUGUACAUAUGCAGCAGACGCCAAAAACUGUUAGACAGUAUUAGUCUACUUGAGAGGACAAAUCAGCAAAACGACGAUAAACAGGGGCACCAGCACCCUCGACUAAGCACAGAUCUGCCCGGCUGACUGACCGCCAGACAGACACAGCAAAAUCACAGAAAAGACGCCUCUCUGUUGGCAGAUGUUCACAGAGGCAGACAGACGGGAAGGGCCGCAGCAGUGAUCUGGUGCCGGGACUUCUCGAGAGGCAGCAGGGCCAGAAAUGACCGAGUCGUCAUGGCCGUUAAGCCGUUGGAAGGUUGCGAGCUUAAUACAAGCCUCAGAAGCAGCAUCAAGCGCCUCCUCGUGGCUAUAGCAGCACAGGUACGGAUGGCACAGAAGCAGCUGUCAGUUGCGUUCGCUUGAAAAGUCGUUUUGCAUCAGGCUGUCGGCGCCACGCUUCAGUUGUACACGCUGGCGGUGCAUUCAGUCAGUGCCACGUUGCCUUGCAGGCUGCAGGGAAGCAGGAUGUUGACUGACAUGGAGCAGAAGCACUCAGAGGUGAACACACGGCACUGAUCCAUUCAUUCAUUCAUUGCUGCCUCUGUCGGUCGUGUGUGGGCCGUUGAUGCGUGCAGAUAAGCUGCCUGAUGUACCGCCUGUCUGCCGUAGACACAUCGGACCUCUCUUCACACGUAAUCGACGCAACACUCACAGCUGGGAAUCGGCACUGUUUCACUGGCUGCUUGCCUGUGUGUGUCGUGGCAGGAUUGCUCGCUUCUCAUGAUGGAUGCAUCGCAGCAGUUCGCCAAGCUCAAGGCCACACUCAAGGCGCUCGUCAAGGCCGCCACAUUCCCUCAGCGACGCACUCACUCAUCGGUCAGCCAAAGCGCCAUGACGCGCACGAACGUAUGAUUGCCGUGCAUCUGUUCGGUUCUGCUUCUUCCAGGCCAACUUUGAGGUCAUCUCCACCAACGUCAUGGGGCAUCUGUAUCGACCGCUGGACAUUCACUGCGUCGGCCGGCUCAAGAUGACGGCGCGACUCAUCAAAAACCACAUCCGAGAUGGCCUCCGCCUCCGCGUGAUCGACUCCAUCGGCAAGGCUGGCCUGACGGGCGUCGUGCAAUUCGCCCCUCAGCUGAGCAAUGACGAUGUGAUGAGGGCGUUGUGGCUGAUGGAGGAGGGAGGCAGCUGGGGGGAGACCGGCAAGGCGCUGCGGUUGGCGAGGCAAAGUGGCUGCUGCACCCUGCCCAUCAUACUCAACUCGAGAGAUCUGCAGAAACAUGACAGCAAAAGGGUGAGAGGAACACACACACACACAAAUGAGGGAGGAGGGGCGGGGGGGGUAUGGUCAUUAUGUGGUUGUGUGGGUGUGGGUGUGUUGCAGGCGUACCUGCGGCUGCCCCGUGUCGUCGCUCAGUGGCUGAUCGUGGGUCGCCACGUGGUCUUCCGCCGCGGCGGCGCGCCCGGCCGGCGGGAGGAGAUCGACGAGCAACCAGCGAUGAAGCGCAGCUUCUCGUUCGCCGGCGACUCAUUCCCAUCCACUACAGGCCACAAGGUACCACCGAAGCGCACCAAGUCGUACUCGGACGUCGGCUACGACACCUUCGAGCUGUUCCACCACCCGGCCACCAACGAGAUCCGGGCAAUCCGCGACGCGCCCGACUUCGCCAUCACUCUCUACCCGCCCCUCCCCACCGACGGAGUGCACCCCCUGCAGCAGCACCCCUUCCAACAACACCGCAAACGUGACGACCCGCCCGUCUGGUGCAAUAUGUUCUACAUUUGCGAGGAUGAGUGCAAGAGCGAGAGCCAUCCUGGGUGGACAACAGACGAUCAGCGGGCGAUGACUUAUGCGUCGACGAGCGCCUUCAUUGCCGGCACGAUCAUCUACCACAACCUGACUGGCGGCGGCAUGAAGUUCUAUGAGCCGAUGCGCAAGAACAUCGAUCGGUAAGUAUUGCGUGGAGCACACUGACGCAUGGCAAUUCAGCGCAGGUGUCUGUCUUUGUGUCUGUGUUUGUGUCGGUGCUGCAGUGGCCUGAAGAAUGGCUUUCUUGACAAGGUGCUGACGCGAUCGCCGCACAUGCCGAUCGAGGGCUGUACGGCCGUCGUCACGGUGGAGAAUAGCGAUGGGGGUGCAUUGAAGCUGCACCUGCUGACGGCGUUUGACGACCCCUUCAUCGCCAUUCUCGGCUCGGCCGUCGGUCCCGCCGGAGGCCGCCAGACAGGUGAAUGGCGAAUGACAGACGGCGGAAAUGCCUAAUUUUCUUUGGUUGAUUUUUUCCUUUGCUUUGGCAGCCAAGAUGAGAUUGUUCACCAUGGAGCAGCCGGUGGACAGCAACGGCGAUCCCAUCCGCUGCUGCUCCAUCCACUCUGUCCCCACUCGACAUCCCCGUUCAUCAGCCCUGGUGCGGCGGUCGGCAGGCCCCAUCGCAGCCAUCUUCCUCGGUGAGGCAUCGGAGGCCAGUGGCGAUGGUGCGUUGGAGGGCGAUGCCGAUGAUGAGGCGGAAGACGCCGAUGAUGCGAUGAAUGAGGGAGACUAGAUAGAGGGAAGCGCGGCAAUGCAGCUUCGCAUCGACGACUAUGGUGGAUGGGCGUGCAUAUACAUGUGAAGAGACUCGCA